GAAUCAUCGAUCAUCAUUCACUCGUGGUUGUGCCAAAGAAAACAAGGGCUGAAAUUUCGACUGAAAUUUUCUCAAUUAACGACACAAUAGGGCGCCAAAGGGCUGCGUAAUGGACGAGGACAAUGCCGAGGAAGGUGGCGGUCUGCAGGACGAAGACUAUUACGUCUUCCUCAACGUCGAGCGAACGGCCACACCAGAGGAGAUUUCGGCGGCGUACAAGAAACUGAGCAAACUGUAUCAUCCUGAUAGGAACCUGGACCCGAAUGACCCUCAGAAGAAAUUAGAUUCGGAAACGUUGUUCCACAGAACCAAACAGGCAUAUGAUGUGUUAAUUGAUCCUCAUCGAAGAGCAAUUUAUGACUCUCUUGGAGUCGAAGGACUGAAGACGGAAGGCUGGGAGUUGGUGCAAAGGUCAAGAACUCCUAACGAGAUUCGAGAAGAAUAUGAAAGAAUAGCAAGGAAAAAUGAGGAAAGGAGGCUGCAGCAGAAGACAAACCCCAAGGGUCAGCUGACGGUCCAUUUGAACUGCACUGACUGGUUUGACAGUUACGAGUAUGACGAUCCCGACUACAUCGAGGAAUUCCGAUUGCCAGAAGUCAGUGGCAUCAGCAUCCAACAGUCGGUGGAGGCGCACCCAACCCUCAGAGACUGCACAACCCUCUCAGGUCAGGCCAACACCUCCAAUGGUGUCGGCAGCGGCAAUUUUGCAGUCACGUGGAGAAAACUUCUUGGGCCGAGAGGUUGGGUUGAGUCUGAAUUCGGAGCUGGCAAUGGGCCUGUGUUAUCUCUUCGAGCCUUCAGGACAAUGUCGAAAAAUAUUUUCGGCAACGCUGGUGUCACGUUUCAGGCCACGGACAGAGGCAUUGCCCCCUCCCUUCAGUCAACGCUUGCUAUGCAGAUGAGUAAGACCACCAUGGGCUCUCUAGCCUGGAGAGCGGGCAUGGCGAGCAGCAUGACAGUGUCCAUCACCAGAGACACGCCCAGUAUGCAUUUUGUAUCCAUGUUGCAGUUUGGAAUUCCACACUCUUUUGCAUUUGUUGCGUAUUCGCACAAACUUAAGGAAGGAAAAAUCAGAGUUGGUGUUCGAGGCGGAACUUUUGGUUUCCAAGUUGAGUACGGUGCUGAGAAAAAAGUUUCAAAGUACAGCACUGUUUCUGCCACAAUGUCAGUUGGUGUCCCAACUGGAGUUUCUCUUAAAAUGAGGUUUGUCCGAGCAAGUUACACGUUUUCCUUUCCCAUUCGGCUAAGCGAAGAAGUGGUUCCUGCGGCUGUGUUCUACGGCACGGUAGUCCCUGUGUUAAGCUGGUUGCUGAUCAAGGGUCUUGUAAUUGAUCCUUAUCUGGCCAGGGAAAAGGCUGUGGAGAAAGAAAAGCAACGACAGGUCAAUCAAACGAGGAUUGCACAAAAGAAGCGCGAAGCGAUGGCCUCGAUCAGUCUGAUGCAGCAAACCUUUGCUCGCAUCAGCUCGGAGGAGGACAAGAAAAACGGACUAGUUAUUGUAGUGGCCAUUUAUGGUGCAGCAUCCAAUAUUGAGACAAUGAAUCCUGCGAACAGUGGUAGUUCCUCCUCUUCAGGCAAUGCCUCUCCAGUGUCCCUGCAACCCAGUCCCAGCAGGGACAUCCCUGAGGACUGCAUUGACGUAACCGUGCCUUUGCAGUGUGUGGUCCAAAACUCAAAACUGUAUCUCGUUGAGGGAUCGAAGUGCGAGCAGCCUGGUUUUUACGACCCUUGCAUAGGUGAAGACAAGAAGCUGUUAAUUAGAUACAAAUUCCGAGGAAAGCUGCACGAAAUAACAGUUGAUGACGCGGAAUCAGUAACUAUUCCUAGACCGGGUCACAGAUUGUAGAAGAUCGAGAGUUGUCAGACUGCAAUUUAGCUUUUAUACAAAAUAAAAAAGGAAAUUUUGCUUGUGUCGCUGUGCGAGCAAAGAAAAAAAAACAGCAGCUACUGCUAUUAAACAGUUUUUUUGCAGCUUGUUAUAAUUGGAUUGGAAAAAAAUCAAAAAUUGCUCGUUGGUUGUUAAAGAAAAUCAGGAAACUAAAUAGAAAAAAAAAUAGUGAAAAGUAUUAAAAAUUGUCGGUUGCCGUAGAGCAGCUUAGAAAAAUUAUCAUCAUGCAAUUCAUUAUUUUAUGUGCCUACUUUAUUUUCCUAGUUCACUUUUAUGAAGCAGAAAAAAUGUAUUUCUUAAGUUUGGGAACCAAAGAAAUGUCGACAAAUAAAAAUGAAAGUAAUAAAUUAUA